AUGCCUACGUACCGUACAACAGACGUCGUGACUGCCCUUCGAAUCGAUGACGAAAGCGAGGUUUCAUAUUGAUUCCAUCAUAGGAACAGCUACUAUAUUUUCAAACUAACAAGCCUCGUUAUUUAGAUGACCCUACAGCUGAAGGACUUGAAUCUUUUUGCGUCGGGAGCCUUCAGCAAUGUCUACAGGUCUGAUAUAAAAUUAUUCCAUUUGAAUAAAAUAGAAAAAUUCAAGAGGCACUGUUGAGACCGCAUCUCACAGAACAUCAGAAGUUGUGAUCAAGAAAACUUGGCCGCGACAGAAAGGUCUUCCGCUCGAGGUUUUCAGCAUCUCUAGCUAGUUCUAACAAAUUUUGAACUUCAGGUUAAAAUCCUGAAAAAACUAAACCGACUCAAGCACAAGAACAUAGUACGUCUUAUGUACAGCUACCAGAAGGAGUACGAAGGCAAGUCUGCCAAUAGCACUAAAACGUGGUCAUUUUAGAAAAGACGUGCUUGGCUUUGGUUUUUGAAUACAUCCCGUUGAAUCUCUAUCAGUUCCUGAAGCAGAACAACCGACGGAUCGGCAUCAUGGAGGCCUCUUCUUUCAAAGAAGAAUCAAUGAAUCUUCAGCUUUCAGGUCAAGAUGAUCGUCUGGCAGCUGUUCCGAGGACAGUUCCACUUGCAGAGAGUUUGUAAACUAAGGUAGACAAAAGCAGUAUCUUUUUUUUCAGAUGGAUAUAUGCCAUCGGGAUAUUAAACCCCAAAAUUUGCUCUUCAACGCCGAGACUGGUCUUCUGAAGGUUCAUGAGUUCUACCGAGACCUAAACAAGAAGUCUAGUGCAGAUUUCCGAUUUCGGCUCUUCGGCGUUGGACGUGAAGUCGUCGCAGCAACCGAGCUACCACGUCACGCGCUACUACCGACCUCCAGAACUUCUUCUUGGAGCGCGCAUCUACGGACCCGAAAUCGGUUGGUCUUCAGACUUUGCUCAUCAACCAAAUUUUGGGCAUGUGGAAGGAACGGAAUCCUUCGAUACUGAACUUUGCUUUCCUAACUUUUUCUUAAGAAACUUUUUAUCAUCAUUUGUUCCUACUAAAAGUUCUCUCCAAUAAAAAACUUUUCUAUGUUUGAGAUUACGGAAAUUUAUAAAUAAAGCAUUCUACAAAAAAUAAUUUACUAACUCUAAAUAUGUUUUAUUCACCUACAUAUGAAAAAAUGUUAAGAUGUUUGGUCGUGCGGUUGCGUAUUCGGAGAACUGCUCAAAGGUGCCGUUUUUCUUCCUGGCCGCAACAGCUCCAAUCAGGCCGAGGUUGAGCGAUUCACAUUCCGACCUUUUGUUCCCAUUAGGUUCAUCCUUUUUUAGCUUGUUUUCGAUUUGAUUGGUCCACCGACCAACAGUGACCUCAAAGAGCUGAAGCAUUCCAAGUCCAAGUACAAAGAAAUUAUCGCGGUGCUGUUCAAUUGAGAAUGAGAAAUUGAAUCGAACGAGUUCAGAACUACGUACCAACUACGAAAGGGCCUUACCCGAACUUUCAAUUUCUGAUGUCCGCUGCGAGUAGAACUGGCGUGUUCACUUUGCACAACAAUGUGAGUUCUGCUGGAAAAACAAAUAGGAGGACAGACGAAACAUAGCUGAUCACCGCGCAAGACAUGGCUGAGUCAGUGGCAGUCUUGUCAAAGAUUCUUGUCUACAGUCCCCUCGAACGCCUCUCCGGACACGAACUCUUGAUGUCCAGCUACUUUAAGCCGGCAAGUGAACUUUCCCAUCCAGUUCUAUUUUCUCUCAGUUGUUUACUUCUGGUGCGACUCGGUCCAACGGUCAGAAGAUUGAGGCUAUAACGGCUCGCGUUAGUUGACCUAAUAGUAAAAAAGGCUAAGACGACUGUUCAGGACUAUAUGGACGUGAAGAUUGGAGACAAGACGGUCACUGGAUCCGUCGAGAGCGUCGAUCACAACGAGAAUCAGUGA